AUGCCCCCCCUCUGCGAGAACCCCGACCUGAAAGGCGUCCUCCCACCCGAUUUCGUACAGGGUUACGCUAGUGCGAGUUAUCAGAUCGAAGGCGGUCACGACACCGACGGCCGCCUCCCCUCCGUCUGGGACAUUACCCUCCGUGCCCAAGGUCUAGAAACGGGGGACGAGGCUGUCGACUCUUACCACCUCUGGCGGGAAGACGUCAGGCUUUUGAAAGAGUAUGGGUGUAAUGCGUAUAGGUUUUCGGUUUCUUGGUCGAGGGUGAGACCGCUCGGUGGGAAGGACGACCCAGUGAAUGAGAAGGGGAUUGGGUAUUACAACAACCUCAUCGACGCCCUCCUCGAAGCAAACAUCACCCCCUACAUAACCCUCUUUCACUGGGACCUCCCUCAACCAUUGCAAGAUCGCUACAAGGGGUUCCGAGCUGCAAACAAAGCUGCUAUCAUCGAAGAUUUCGUCAGCUAUGCGGAGUUGUUGUUCGAGAGGUUCGGGGAUCGGGUCAAGAAUUGGAUCACGCUUAAUGAGCCAUUCGUCUACGUGAUCCUGGACGCCGUGGUACUCAAUUCAGAGUGUGAUUUCGAUAACGACCCGUUCACCGUCGCCCACAACCAGAUCCUCGUACACGCUCAUACCGUCGACCUCUAUCGACGCAAGUUCCAACCCACCCAGGGCGGGCGGAUCGGGAUCACGUUGAACAUCGACUGGGUGGUCCCGAUCGAUGAGAGCCAGGAGGCGAAGGAUGCUGCGGAUCUCGCUGUCGCUAUGGCUUUGGGAUGGUUCGCCGACCCCAUCUUCAAGGGUGAGCUCAGCAGUAUCCUGAAGAAACGAUACCCUCAGCUGCCCGACUUCACUCCGGACGAAUGGAAGAUCGUCAAGGGGUCUUCCGAUUUCUUCGGGCUGAAUCACUACGGCACCAAGUGGGCCACGGGCAAGAUCGUCGAACGAGGCCAAGUGAGCGGGUUUCAAUUCUUUGGCGCUGGGGUCGAGCAGGUCGCGGAGAAGGACGGCGUGCCUAUCGGUCGGAGGGGUCAUAACGGGCAUCCCUAUACAGUUCCCUGGGGCUUCAGACAACUCCUCAAUCACGUCCACAAACAGUACGCCGGUCCGAACGGCCUCGGGAUCAUCAUCACCGAGAACGGAUUCGCCAUCCAAGACGAGGCCGAUCGGACGUUGGAACAGAUCGUCGACGACAAGGAACGUCAAGAGUAUUACGACCUUUACAUUACCGAGCUCUGUCAGGCACACAAGGAGGGGAUUAAGAUGGAAGGUUACCUCGGGUGGAGUCUUCUCGACAACCUCGAAUGGAAUCAAGGCUACGCGCCGAGGUUCGGUGUGACCCAUGUCGACCGAGCCAACGGGUUCAAGAGGACGCCCAAGGAUUCGACCAAGGUCUUGAAGGCGAUCUGGCAGCAUACGAUCAAGUCCGACAAGUAGUGGCUCGGGGUGGCGGCGCGUGUACUUCGAGGUGCAGAACGUGAGCGGUAGCGGAUCGUUGUAAACGGGCAUGCAUG